UCAUCUUCUUUUCUUUUUAUUUUUGACAUCAAAUAUCGAAUGUUUGACGUUUUUAUUUAGACAAAAAUCUAACCUUAAAACGUCACAAUUUCCAUUUCGAGAUAAUCUUGUUCUACUCUUGUUAACCUCUAAAUGCGUCGGUGCGUCUUCUUCUUUUCCUUUUAGUUAGAUCUCUACCGAAUUAGAUCGAAAAUAUCGGAUUACUUCUCUUUUUACUUUUCAUCUUCUCUUUUUUAUUUUUAGGUUGUUUUUUCCAAUGCAGCGUCCGGUCGCGUAUUUAAACGAAAACCUAACCUUAAAACGUCAAAAUUUUGUAUUUCGAAAUGACGUCCUUUCAAAAAGAGAAACUCCCGAUUUUCAAAAUAGUUUCGGAACAAUAUUAAUUUUCGUUUGAAUACAUUGAUCGGGCGUCGGCGGAUUUUCAAAAUUUUCGGUAGAAAUUUCGAUCGAGAACAGAAAGAAAGAAAGAAAGAAAGAAAGAAGAAAAAAAAAACAGUUCGUAUGUAUACGGUGGAAUGGAAAAUAUUUCUAAAACCGAAAAUAAUAGAUUAGAUUUCGAAUUCCGGCAAAUUUUGUGUUUGAUCAAACAGUUCAUUCCUUACGUAACGUCCGGUUUCAAUUUGUCGUUGUACAGUUGUUGGUUGGAGAAAUUGAGCAGUCCGUCGAUCGAUAAGGCUGUUAGGAACAAUUAUCUAAUAGAAUUGGCCAAACAGAUCAAAGAUAACACGAUAUCGGCGCCGUUCGAUCGAAAACCACAUGAGAUUUUAAAGAAUUCGUUAGACGAUGAUUCGUCCAACAUAAAAACGAAUAAUUUGGACGAAAACAGUUCUUGGACGAGCGUAUCUUCGUUUCAAUUGAACGCGAACGGUCGCGGCGACGAUAAUUCGGCGAACGUACCCAUGGAAGAAAAUCGAAAUUUCGAAAAUAUCUCAUUGAAAUACACGAAUUUCAUACCGGCCGAUUGGAAGGAAACCAUCGAGGCCCUCCAAUUGAGAUUAACCGAAACCCUAAAUCAAAACGACGAUUUGAAACGAACGCUCGAAUCGCAAACACAAGAACUCCAAAUUAAACGAAAAAUCGAAGAAGAACUGCAAGAAUAUAAAGAGAAAUAUAAAAAAGAACAAGAUACGGUCGGAAAAUUAAGAAAAGAAUUGGACGAAUUGAGGAACGAUUACGAGAAAGUAAACUCGAAAAACGACGACGAAAAACUAACCAAAGAUAAAGAAAUCGAUAAAUUAUCGGAUAUAAUCCGGCAACAAUGUACGAGAAUGUCGAACGAGAUAGCGGCGCUUCGGAAACGAGUCGAAACGUCGAAUUUCGACGAGAAAAUCUUGACGUUGCGCAAGUGCGUCUCGAAAAUGGAUAAACUAUACGAAAAAUCAGAAAAGGAGUAUCUGAAACGUAUAGAAAAAUUAAAAAAGGAAUUGUCGUUGAAGGAUAAGAUGAGAUCGGCGGAGAUGGGAUCGAUGCGCGCCGAAUUGGCCGUAAAAUCUGGCAUGGAAAGGCAAAAACGUAUGGACGAGAUCGUUAACGAUUUGGAGGUUAGGUAUAUCAAGAUGUUGGAGUUUCACGAAAGGCAGGUAGCCGAAUCUAGACGUUUGGACGAAGAGAGAGUCAAGUAUUUGCAGGAUUUGUUGGAAAAACAUAAUAUACCCUUUAAGGUGUUUUAAUGCCAUUAAAAAAAAUGGAAUAAAAACGUUAUUUGUCUA